AUGGCCGACACCCAGCUGAGACUGAAGCUGCUGACCGAGUAUGAUGAAAGGUUCAAUCUGAUGACAAUGCCGUCGGUACAAGACUUUCCACCGUUAACUCCGAAUGCCGUAGAGAUGAUGCUGAAUCAGCAGAUGGACAGCGAUGUUACAGUUCAAGUUCUUCAGUACAAAAAGCUCUCGGACCGAACUCCCAACCAGCCGCCGCGUUAUCGACUACAGAUCUCUGAUGGCGAGCAUUCAUGCGGAAACUGUAUGUUGGCUACUCAAAAGAACGAACUCAUAGAAAGUGGUCAGCUUGACAGCUUUGCGAUUGUUUCGGUGAAGAAAUACAUUUCGAACAAAAUUUCCAACAAGAAGUUUGUUGUUCUCGUCGAAUUAGAGGUACUUAAGGCUGGAAGCACGGUUGUCAAACCGAUCGGAAAUCCGACUCCUCUGAAAGAGCUCGCAGCCCGAACCACACCACCGUCAACGGCGAACACGACCCAGGAGUUUUCCCGAAGUAUACCGAGCUCCACUUCAUCCAUGGGUCAAGAGUCUUUGCCUCCGUCUUCCGCAGUGCCGAAGCAACAGAGUUUUCCGGCUACCACUCAUGCGUCAUCCCACACCGUUUGUCCGAUCAUGGCUCUGACGCCGUACCAACACAAAUGGUGCAUUUUGGCACGAUUGACAAUGAAGAGCAACAUUAAGACAUGGUCGAACUCGAGGGGCGAGGGCAAACUGUUCAGCGUUAAUCUGGCCGACGAAAGUGGUGAAAUACGUGCCACGGGCUUCAAUCAGGAAUGCGACCGCCUCUACAACGUAUUUCAGCUGAAACAGGUUUAUUACAUCAGCUACGGGCAGGUGAAGACGGCCAAUCGUCAGUUCACGUCAAUCGCGAAUGAUUACGAAAUUGCGUUUACUUCGGAAACACAAGUCGAAGCGUGCUUCGACGACACUAUCUACCGUCUGCCGACGAUGUCUUUCAAUUUCUCGCGUUUCGAUCAGCUGUCAACGGUGAACAAGGAUCGAUUAAUAGGUCUGAUUUGA